AUGGACGUCUCCAUCAGCGGCCGCGACCUGCGCUGUCUGCAGCUGGCCUGCGCUGCCCUGGGCCUGCUGGCCGGCAGCAUCAUCAUCGGGGUGUCCGUCUCGUCCACGGCUGCGGCCGUGGGGGGCAUCUUCAUCGGAGCCGCUGGUCUUGGGCUCCUCAUCUUGGUCUAUCCCUUUCUGAACUCCCGCUUCAAUCUGGAUCGGUUCCUGCCUUCCCUGGGGAAUCUGAGGAUCCACCCCCAGCGUGGGAACAGUGCGGAGGAAGGGGCCCCCAGCGGUGAGGGGAAGAGCGAAGGAAUAAGAAGCCAUGUGUCCAACAGCCUUUCCACUGUGACCCGGACCCUGGAGAAACUGAAACCUGGAAGUGGCAGUGCCAGUGGGAGCCGAGGGACCGAGGAGGGCUGA